ACAGAAAAAAGAAAAAAAAAAUGUGGUUAAGAAACAUGAAUCCUCAGUGCACAUACAGUGAGAAUGAACUAUAUUUCAAAUAAUUUGUAAGUAAGGUAGUAAUAAUGGAAAUAAAAUAUUCACUGGGCCAAAGACGAGAGCGGGCUGGGUCGGACGUCUAGAGCAGCUGAUUGGAGGUUUGAAUUUCAAACUGACACUUUGAGCGGGACAGUCCAGUCGGGACCAAUUAGGUCUGCAGUCUCUGAAGUGGCACCUGUUGACAUUGUGCAGUGGAAGUUGUCUGGAGUGAAGAAUGACAUCUGGAUCCAACUCAAAAAGACAGAGGUUACCUUCAACCAAAAUGAAAGAUCAUGUACAGCUGGGAACUGAAGAGGAAGAGGAGGCAGCUGGUCACUUUGCAUUUGUCACUUUUGAGGAUGGCUACACUGCCAAAAUCUUUAAAACAUGUGACAUUCUGGAUGCGAAUGACAGCUCCAUUGGACAGUUGGAUGUCUUGAGGCCAGGAGAAAGGGUCCUAGCCAGAUGGAGUGAUGGGAGAUUUUACAGCGCCACUGUGAAUUAUAUUGGGCCAAAUACAGGCAUGCAAAAAAAACCCAAAAAGGACAUAACAAAGAAUAUCCCUGCAGAUGUAUAUUAUCGCCAGCACUCCUCCCCCAAGUUGACUGAUGUCCACUCUUCAACAAAUGUCAGCGCCCACUUUUUGCCAUCGCCUCCUGUCCAGGGGCCUCCUUCCCAAGGCCACGCUCUGCCUUCGCCUCCUUCCCAAGGCCACGCUCUGCCUUCGCCUCCUUCCCAAGGCCACGCUCUGCCAUCGCCUCCUUCCCAAGGCCACGCUCUGCCUUCGCCUCCUUCCCAAGGCCACGCUCUGCCAUCGCCUCCUUCCCAAGGCCACGCUCUGCCUUCGCCUCCUUCCCAAGGCCACGCUCUGCCAUCGCCUCCUUCCCAAGGCCCCGCUCUGCCUUCGCCUCCUUCCCAAGGCCACGCUCUGCCAUCGCCUCCUUCCCAAGGCCACGCUCUGCCUUCGCCUCCUUCCCAAGGCCACGCUCUGCCUUCGCCUCCUUCCCAAGGCCACGCUCUGCCUUCGCCUCCUUCCCAAGGCCACGCUCUGCCAUCGCCUCCUUCCCAAGGCCACGCUCUGCCUUCGCCUCCUUCCCAAGGCCACGCUCUGCCUUCGCCUCCUUCCCAAGGCCACGCUCUGCCUUCGCCUCCUUCCCAAGGCCACGCUCUGCCUUCGCCUCCUUCCCAAGGCCACGCUCUGCCUUCGCCUCCUUCCCAAGGCCACGCUCUGCCAUCGCCUCCUUCCCAAGGCCACGCUCUGCCUUCGCCUCCUUCCCAAGGCCACGCUCUGCCAUCUCCUCACACCCUCAAACAGUACACUACCCUGUACCCUCCGAAACGGCCUAAGCCACUCCACUUCAAUGUGGAUUCGCCAGUGCAAUGUGAGUCGCAGGCACACAGUUCAACCAAUAUUCUGAUUCCUUCCACAACCAAGAUGAUGCUAGUUCAGACUUCUCGCCCUUAGACAGAUGAAAAUCUGAGCACAAGUUCAUCUUCUUGUGCAAGCACCCUGAUAGUUGACAGAAGCCCUCAAAGUGAAUAUGGAGAACCCAUUGAGGAUGUAGCACAGAGUGACAGAAGGUCCUGGCAGCCAUGUCAGAGGUGUGGUCCAGAGUUGAGAAAACUUGAAAAAGAGAAGAAGAGGAUGGAGGACAUUCUCUGCAGCAUAAAGCCAGAAGACAUCAGAGUGGCUCGAGGAUUUCUUAAAAAUGUUGCUCUGUACCAGGAGAGCCCUGCAGCCUUGAUCCACCCGUCACAGAAGGCUCUUCAGGAGCUCUUUCCCAAUAGUGGCCUGUUCCUGUCAUCUUUCAAGCUUGCCUCCAUAAUGCACCAAUGUGACCAUGACAGCCUUCGACUUUUCCAUCUCCUUUUUGAACACUUCUUCACCGCAGAGGAGUGCACCAAUGCAGUGGCUUUCGGACGACAUGGCAAGAUACCAGAGGGGAAGCAGCUGCUUGACCAAAGCAAAGUUGAUGGAAUUCUG